AUGCAUGUGUGUGUAUUCUGCAGCCGGAGGGGCCACACCACAGAUAAGGAAACUACCUCACUGAAAGAUCCAUUGCUGGUGGCACCAACCGAUGGACAUCUCCUCCCUGCCCAUCCUUCGGACAUAGCUUCUGAAGCCCCUGCCGUCUGCUCGCACCCGUCCGCUGUGACUCAGAGCACAGAGCCACUGGAAGAACUAUCCGAAGUGGAGAGCUCUGCAGAGGACGGCCUGGACUUACACAUUAAAGGGGGUUUGCCGACUGGGCCCCCGUCCGCUGUUAUAGCCGGCAAAGGUUUCAGUCUUUGUAAAAAUGAUUCGGGUGUUUCUGAUGUACUGGGUGCUGGGUCUCUGCAGAUUGAUCAAGCUGUGACAGAUAUAGAGGGAGGUGCAGACAGCUCGAUGUUAGAUGUGUGUGACAUCCCCCGACCAGUAGAACCCAUUCAUUCUUCUGUUUUGCAAUCUAAUUCACAAACACAAGAUGACUUUAAUCAAAAGGACUCUGUCUGGGAUAGCUUGCCUGACUCAUCCGCAUUGUGUCAAGAUAUGGAUGGAGGAGCUUUGUCUGUCUGUGCCGAAGCCCCGAUGGAUGUGGAUGUAUCUGCUAUUUGUCACAAUGAUGAGAAUAUUCCUGGAGCAGCUUGUGAGAGCCCUGGAUUUCCUGAGCAUCAAGAACGUGACGAUUCUGUAACACAGCAAACUCCUCGAGACAGCACCAUGCAGCUGUUAGAUGACAAGGGAUCUGAAAAUCAAAAUCCGCUCUCCGAGGUGGUUGGCUCUGUGUCCUCGAAUACGUUGGCACAGCACGUGGACGAUCACUGCUUCUCUUUGGCUACUGCCUUGAAGGAACUUCACAAACUCUUGGUCUUGAGUGGCCAAGGGCCCUGCAGAACGGCUCAGGAUGAUGCAGUUUCUGAAAGCACGGACACUGGCCACUGCAAAACGUCUUGUGUGAAUGGACUUUCAGAUGAUCGCCUUAAGCAGAAGGAAGAUGCCUCUGCAGAAAACAUUGUCAGCGACAGAUUUCAAUGUACUAAAUCUGAGGACGGCGAUGGGACUCCUAACCAAGAUCUUAACAGCUCGUCCGAUGCCGAUGAACGCUUCAGAUCUGCUUCAGGUUUGGACUUUACUGACUCAACUGAUCUUCACAGAACCAAGGCAGAGAGUUUAACAAGCUGUUCUGCUACCGCGGAGGCAUCUAACACAAGCAAGUGUCUGACCUCCAACCAAGCUGACUGUCCAUCAGAAAACCAAGAGCCAUUAUCCGGGUCUCAGACAGAGAAAGACCUUGCCUGUGCUGCCCCUAAAAUAACCUCUGAACCCUCCACAGAAGGCCCUAGCCCCUCGCAGCUGCCACCUUCCUUCCUGACUUCUGCCGUAGAACAGAUUGUAAGUGCUGGCUUUUCAGUGGAAGAUGCGGUCCUGGCACUAGAGAACGCCGAUGGCAAUGCCGAGCUUGCCCUCCUAGCUUUAUUAGUAAAGAACAUUGUUGUCCCUACAUAAGAUACUUAAAAUAUCACUUAUAGGAAGAAGGGGAGCGUCACAGUUAGGAAAAUAUGUCUCUUGGUUCGUAAACAUUUUA